AUGAUGACCCAACCUACGAUGGACGAAGAGAAAGGGCUCCAAAGCUCUGCGGUCCUCCAGGGACCAUCGGUCAAAAGUACUCUUGUCGAUGUAUCCCCUGCAAAGUCUACGGCUGCACCGCCGGGAAAUAUCUUCAGCCGCUUCAACCUUUGGCUAACGUCGAUUGAAUUUUUUGAAACCCGUGGGAUUGAACGCGUUCCACUCGAGGAAAGGAAAGACAUGAGAGCCAGUGACUACCUACAGAUGUCCCUCCUUUGGUUUAGCACCAACAUCACGGCCAAUAAUAUGGCUUUGGGCAUGAUGGGCCCUCUUUCGUACUCUUUGGGAUUUGUUGACUCGGCACUCUGUGCAACAUUUGGGGCUCUGCUAGGUGCUGUAGGUGUUGCAUAUAUGGGAACGUUUGGACCGGCCAGUGGAAAUCGAACUAUGGUUGUCGCCCGAUAUUUCAUGGGCUACUAUCCUAGCAAGAUCGCAUGUCUUUUGAAUAUCAUUAUUAUGUUGGGAUAUGGUAUGAUUGACUGUCUAGUCGGUGGACAGGUUCUUUCCGCUGUUGCAGGUGGCUCUAUGUCCGUUGUUGUCGGAAUCAUCAUUAUUGCCAUUGUGACCUGGGUGGUAGUAUUAUUUGGAAUGCGAGUAUUCCACAUAUAUGAAAAAUGGGCCUGGAUUCCCCAGCUCAUCGCUGCGUUUGUCUUGGUUGGCUCUGCAGGGCCCAAGUUUGACACGUCGAUAGUGUCAUCUGGUACGCCCGAAACUAUCGCUGGGAACCGCUUAUCAUUCUUCUCACUUUGUCUGUCCGCAUCGGUGGCAUGGGCACCAGCCGGUGCUGAUUUCUUCGUAUAUUUCCCGCCCACUACAUCCAGAUUGAAGACCUUUCUCAUGACAUUCUUGGGUGUCGGGCUGGCUUUGACUUUUGCGAAUUUGCUCGGUGUUGGGCUCGCCUCUGGCACUCUCACUCAUGCCUCGUGGGAAUCCGCUUAUGCCACCUCAUCUGGGGCUUUGAUCCUGGCAGGCUAUGAGGGCCUCAGCGGAUUCGGUAAAUUCAUGGGUGUUCUCAUUGCGCUCGGCCUCAUUGCCAACAAUAUCCCGGGGACCUAUUCUGCGUCCCUUGGCUUCCAGAUCAUGGGAAGACAUCUCGCACGACUUCCACGAUGGUUUUGGUCGUGUGUCGGUGUCGUGAUAUACGCCGCUUGCGCGUUGGGUGGUAGAAAUUACUUGUACGAUAUCUUCGAUAAUUUCCUUUCGCUGAUGGGAUAUUGGGUCACUAUCUAUUUAACAAUUGCGAUCGAAGAGCACUGUGUCUUCCGACGAAAGCUCGGGUUUGACUGGGAUGCUUGGUCAACACCGUCAAAGCUGCCAGUAGGCAUUGCGGCAUUGUCAGCUUUCCUAAUUGGUUGGGCGGGAGCCAUUGUCUCCAUGGAUGAGGUAUGGUGGACUGGGCCAAUUGCCAGGAUGGUUGGGGACUACGGCUCAGACUUGGGCAUCUGGGUUGGUGUCUCAUGGGCCAUGUUGGUUUACCCUCCGCUCCGGUGGCUGGAGCUCAAAAGAUUUCAGCGGUAA